GUCAUCACGCGAUCACGCCCCGUUUAAAUUAAACGUAAAGUUAGAUCCUGAUUUCGGACUUCCGUGUCUUCCUUUGAAUUAGUUUAAUGUUUUGAAGUUACCAAAUGUAACAUUGGCGACAAGGUAUUUUUUUUUAAAUUGAACCCGAGAUGGCUACCUACCCGUUCAAGCACAGCGAGAUUUUUUGAAGAGCAAAAAAAAAUUGAGCACGGGCUGUUUCUUCGGAAGGGAGGACACGAUCGAGUUUUUAAAACAAGGCAGAAAACGGAAGGAUUCACGGGUUCAUAAAGAGAAGGAAAGUUCAUAAGGAGAAUUCUGCAGAUGCUGGAAAUUCAAGCAACACACAUCAAAGUUGCUGGUGAACGCAGCAGGCCAAGCAGCAUCUGUAGGAAGAGGCGCAGUCGACGUUUCAGGCCGAGACCCUUCGUCAGGACUAACUGAAGGAAGAAUGUCCAACUCAGAGAAAGCCAUUCUAGUCAAGCCCUCACUAAAUGAGACCCAGGUGGUGGAGCUGGUAGGACAGUUGUAUGGUCUGAAGGUCUCAGAGGUCCAACCGAUGCCCAGCUACGAUGACCAGAACUUUCACAUUCAGGUAGCUGAGACCCAAGCAAGCGGGGAUCACAGAAGGAGCUACGUCCUCAAAGUCCUGAACGCCACCGACAGCCAGGAUGCAGAUUUGGUGGAAGUACAAACACGAGUCAUGAUGUUCUUGAAGCAGAAAGGUUUUCCUGCCCCCACAUCCAUCCCAACCACUGAUGGCAGGAUUAUGUCGCUGGAGACGAUUAAUUCUGGUCAAGAAUAUAAGACCCAUAUGGUCCGCUUGCUGACCUAUUUACCGGGAAUUCCGCUGCAGCAGAUCCCUGCAGACCCACCGAUCUUGUACAAGGUUGGGCAAACUCUCGCUCAGAUUAAUAAGGUUCUCAAAGAAUUCCAGCAUCCCAAACUGAAGAGUCUACAGAGAGAUUCCUUCGACUGGAAACUUACAAACAUUCACCAGCUGAACAAGUACCUAUACACACUGAAGGACAGUGAGCGCAAAGUUGUGGAGCAAAUUAUUCAGCAAAUUCUAGAGAAGGUGCUUCCAAAUAUCAAGAGCUUUAAUGAAAGCAUCAAUCAUGGAGACUUCAGUCACACCAACGUUCUCGUGCAGCCUCGUCAUUCAUCAGCCGAUCGCUCCAACCCAGGUCACCUGCAACAGGAGUUGGACAUCUCUGGCAUUCUUGACUUCAGUGACAUGAACUGUGGUUACUAUGUAUGUGACCUGGCCAUAUGCAUAAUGUACAUGAUGCUGGACAACAACGAUCCCAUGCAUGUGGGGGGCCAUAUUCUCGCGGGCUUUGAAAGUGAGAUACCUUUAUCUCCCCAGGAGAGGGGUGCCUUGUAUUUGCUGGUUCUUGGCAGGUUUGCUCAGUCGCUGGUUAUAGGGAGAUACGUGGUCCAGUUUUACCCAGACAAUGAGGAAUACCUUAUGACCACAUCAAAAACUGGUUGGAUGCUUUUGCAUCAACUCUGGGAACUGGGUGAAGAAGCAGUGCAGAAAGUUUGGUUUGAGACAGCUGACUCCUACCUCAGUCCAUGACCUCCCCAGUGGUUCGAAGUGACCCAGGCACAAACUUCUCAUAAAAUAUCCACGUAUUUAAGGGAGAAAUCACUGAACUGGAAUCAUAAAACAAGUCCACCAACUGAACGCUCCAUUAAUAAUAUUUUAAAAGAUCUUUAAACCAUCAUGCUUGCCCAGACAUGAAAUGGUGUAUCAACUCACUGAGGCGUGAGACUGGGUUAAUAGUCUCACUAUCCUGAGUCCAAUUGUCCUGGAGAUAGUGUAGAGAAGCUCAUGGGUUAUCUUCAAGCCACAUGUCAUUGCUAAUGACAGUAUAGGUGAUGUUUUGGUGUGGGUUUGCGUUUGUUAAAAUUCCACCAACACUCCUCUGCACACUAAUUUCUCGUGAUCUUGGGCCGAGCUACUUCCACUGUCAGUAGCUGAAUUGUCACCCGAGGAUCUGGUGUGAAAUGCUUACUGUCAGCACAGGGUGCUCAAUCUGUGCCAUAUGUCGGGGAGAAUCAGCUCCUUGAUAGUCCAUUCCCCUCAACUUUUCCUUCCUCGGGUAAUUUCAGAUUUCGUUCAUCUCCUGCUUCGGCUCCACCUGGCACCUCUUGUGACUCAGCAGCCCUUGCCAAUCUCUUCCACCAAGCUCCAUCCCCAUUUCCUCAGUCACCUCUGCCCCCUUCCAUCCAGCCCACUUGGAAAAUUCAAACUUCAUCUGAACUUUUCCCGGUUCCAGCGAAAGAUUAUCAACACGAAACAUUAACUUGCUUUCCCUUUCCACUAUGAUAUCUACAGAUUUUUUAAAAAUUUCUAUUUCUUUCUGUAGCAUUCAAUUAUGGCAAUAUGGUGAUGGGGUGGUUGUGGAUGUGGCACUGGUGUGGAUAGGGUAAGAGGGCAGAUGUGAUGGGGCAGAUAAUAUGAUGAAGGGUUGUAUAUGGUGAUGGGGCAGAUUUAGCAUAUCUACUGUCUAGCGAUGUGGCGGAUAGGGUGAUAUGGAUAGAGAAUGCGAUGGCAUCUCUGCUGUUAGCACACAAAACCCUGAAAGAUUUGGAAUUUUAAUUCUACUAAAACAUCAACUGUGUAUACAUUUUAUGCUGUAAUAUCUGUACCCAUGCCUAUUAAUACAUUUGAUCAACAAUAUUCAGUUAUUCGACAUCGUCUUUUUCAUUUGAGAUUACUACAUGGUGGCUGCUGCAAGGAAGUUUUCCAAGAAAGUGCUGAUUAUUCAAAGUUGCCCUGACGUGCCCAAGUUACUAUCAGAAGAAGCACUAAAAUGGAGUGAUUGUAUUACAAGGGAAAGUUUGUAAUGGAGGCAAAAUGAGAAAGGGAAGAAUUUGUGGG